AGCAGAGGAGUGAGGCCCCACGCCGUUGUCCACGGAGUUUCUCCUCUCUCGCUCCCUCGCUCACGGCCGCGGAGCCGAAGUAAUGGGGUCUUGUGUUGAUAUCGGUCGGCCUUUAGCCUUGCAAUCGUGCACGUAGGACAUAGGACUGUUUUUACCAUGUCCGGGAAACCUGUGAUAGUAGUAGUUAGUCUGUUUCUAGUUUUACUUUCGUCGGACGUGGCCCAUGGUGCAUUGAAACGAUGCUUUCAGUGUCGAUCAAGAGGAGAUCUUGGAAGUUGCAAAGAUCACUUUAAUUUUAAUGGGACCACAGCAAAAAAUGAGCAGGGAGUCGAAGCAAUACCAUGUGCUUCUGGCUGGUGUGGCAAAGUAAUUGAAGGAACAGGAUCCUAUAAACAGGAUGACUAUGGAAUGGCAACACAGAGGAUGUGUCUUCAGCGUGGUCCAUCAGAUGGAGAAGAGCGAUGUGCUUACACUGUUUGGAAUCAUGCCAAAGUUUACAUGUGCUUCUGUCAAGGAGAUCUGUGCAACUCAGCUGGUCACCUAAAAUUGAAUUUCUUUGUGUUGGGAAUAACUCUUCUGAUUGGUGCCAGGCACAUAAUUGCCUUUUGCUUCUAAUGAACUGUAAAUGGACUAAAACAUUUAGCAAAGUUUUGAAACAUUGGUCACAUUUAAUUUCAUACAAAAAGUAAAAAUACAAAUUUUAUGAGAUGUUCAGCUUUUUUACGAGAUCUGUCACAUCAACAAUAUUUCUGUUCUGUAUUUUGUUUUCCUUCACAAUCGAAUUAAAAUUCUGAGCAGCUGACUUUAAUUCAGCUCGUAAA